AAAUCGAGACGCUAUCUCGAUAUCUCGUUCUCGCACGUCCGUCAGGUUUCGCGAUAACAACAAAUAGAUUAUGUUCUUGUGGGCAUAAUUAGAAUUUUCCUGAAAAAUACGCUUCUCACACCGGCCGAAUUGGCGACGUCCCGAUGAGUGUUAGACGAAUCUACGAUGUCAUCAUGCGACGAAAACUGCGCGCCCGUGGUGUCGUCGCCGGGCGUUUUUUCACUUCAGAAUCGACGGAAGCAAAGGAAUCGAAAGAUGAAGUUGUUGAUAUAACCGCUGCCGACGAGAAGCCGUUAUACUCGGAGGAUCCACUGCUCCAAAAGGAGAUCGAGAAGAAGCGGAAUAAGUCCCGGCUAAAUCCGCAACAUAGGAACGUACUCAUGGAUGUGCGUCCUUACGAUGCACCUGUUGAUUGGUUCCAUCAUACAGUGAAGUAUAAGAAACGUAUGCUGGGUAGGUAUGGAUUAAAGGCUAUUGACGAGCCGGCUGGAUUCGCAUGGCCCUUAUCAAAAGAAGUUGAAGAUGCUCAAGAGUAUGAGAGAGUCGCCUUUCCAUUGUCUCUUCAGGAGAGAUGGCAUAUGCUGAAAGAGGUGAAUCGUGCGAAAGCUGAAGCGGUUAAAACAAGGGAAGCUGAAUUAACUGAAAAAGUGGCAAUGAUGAAUCAAUGGACAGCUGAAUUAAACGCAAAGAUAGCUAAGAAGGAAGCUCAGAUGGAAGCUGCCAGGCUGCGCAAGGAACGUCUAAUAGAAGAAGUUAGGAAACAUUUUGGCUUCAAGAUAUCGGUUCAUGAUGAAAAAUUCAAGACGAUGUUGGCGCAGAAAGAGAAAGAAGAGAAAAAGAAGAAGAAGGAGGCUAAGAAGAAAGAAAAGAUGGAAAAGCUACAGAGUAUAGCACAAGAGAAGGCCAAGGAGGCGAGUCAGGAGCAAGUGACUGACUCGACGAAAUCUGUAAAUUAACGGCGUUUUCAUUUGUCAAAUAUAAUAUAAAAAAUGUUCUCAUUGUAAUGUAAAAAAUGUUCGAAUAAUUUUAUAAAAUUCAUUAGCUCUCUUUUUCAGAUGCGAUUACUCUGACUCUGAAUUUACAUACAGCCAAUAUGAUUAAACAUGUAACACUU